CCCCCCCCCAAUUCAUUCAAACUCUCUUCUCAUACAAGUAAAACCCUCCAUCAUCCAUCCAUGAUCACACACUUCACAUGGCAACAACCUAGUAAACAUCACUCUUUCUUUCAUACUGUUGUGUUAUUUUUUUCCCCUUUGCUUUACAUGUUGUUCCACCGAGAUUGUCCAAAAGAAAGUUGUUGAUUUGCAACAUUCCCAUCUGGUAAAGUUUUGAUUUUGUUUCCCUUUUGGUGGUGAUUUCUUCCUUUUUAUCUGUACUAUUUGUUUGGACCUUUAUUUAUUUAUGAAUUAUAAGGGCUCUGGGUCUUGAAGUCAAGUAAGUUAGCCCAUAUGUCCAAAACCAAAGUUUGUUGAUUCUUGUAAAUUAAAACUUUGGUUUGGCCAUUAGGGAGGACUUUUAAUGUUUAUAUAGUAGUAGUAGUUUAAGAGUGUUUUGGGAUUCAGUUCGUUUAGAGUUGAAUUCAGAAAAAAUUGAAACCAAGAUAAGAUGGCAACUCAGGAGGGUAAGGACCCAGGUAUAGUUACUACUGUUAGAUUGAAUCAAAACAGGCCUUUGCCUUUGAGACUCCUUCAAUUUUGCUUGAUGUUUUUGGUUCUCGGUCUUGGGAUUUCUAUCGUCAGUGUAAACAUGAUUCGAUUUUUUGGAGUUCGAACUGGAGGCCCUGCAGCAAGGUCUAAUAUCAUUUUCCCUUGCUUUGAAGAGUCCGAUAGUAUAGAGAAAUGGAUUAGGCCUCCAUCAAACCUGAUGCAUAAGAUGAAUGACACAGAGUUGUUUUGGCGUGCUUCGUUUGUUCCUCGGAUUAAUCAAUAUCCUAUUAAGAGAGUACCGAAGAUUGCCUUCAUGUUCUUGACAAAAGGGCCAUUGCCAUUGGCACCUCUUUGGGAGAGGUUUUUCAAGGGGCACGAAGGCCUUUAUUCGAUUUAUGUUCAUUCAUUGCCAUCUUAUGUUGCGGAUUUGACACGAUUUUCAGUGUUCUACAAGAGACAAAUCCCAAGUCAGGUGGCAGAGUGGGGUAUGAUGAGCAUGUGUGAUGCGGAGAGGAGACUCCUUGCAAAUGCAUUGCUUGAUAUCUCUAAUGAAUGGUUCAUCCUCUUGUCUGAGUCCUGCAUUCCGCUCCACAAUUUUGGCAUUAUCUAUCGAUACAUAUCAAAAUCACGAUACAGCUUUAUGGGUGUAUUUGAUGAUCCGGGUCCAUACGGGAGAGGACGCUAUAAUUGGAACAUGCAACCUGAGGUCACGCUUGAACAGUGGCGCAAAGGGUCUCAGUGGUUUGAAGUGGAUAGAAAGCUUGCAGUCAGUGUAAUCGAGGACUCUACUUAUUACCCAAAGUUUAAAGACUUCUGCCGACCGGGAUGUUAUGUGGAUGAGCACUACUUCCCUACAAUGCUGAGCAUCCAAUUUCCACAUCUCUUGGCAAACAGAAGUGUUACCUGGACAGACUGGUCAAGGGGUGGUGCUCACCCUGCUACAUUUGGGAAUUCUGAUAUUACAGAUGAGUUCUUCAAGAGGAUGUUUGAAGGACAAUCAUGCUUGUAUAACAACCAGCCAGACAACGUCUGCUUUCUCUUUGCAAGAAAGUUUUCUCCAAGCGCUUUAGAACCACUAUUAGACUUGUCACCAAAAGUUUUGGGGUUUUAAAAUAAACAUGGUUAUUUAGAUGAACCUGAGCCCAUAAGCGGUGUUUUUAGGCUCUGUGAUCUAACUAGAUCUGGUUGAUAUACUCGUAAGGAGAUUACAGAUUUUCAUUUUAAAACAUCAAGGUCAAAGAACUUGUGAUGUAUAGAUAUUUAGAUCCUAAAGCGUUUUCAUACAA